AUGCUUUCUUCGGGUUACUUUCUAUUUUUCCUUUCUUCCAUUCUUUCUUUGUUUUUCUUAAAAAUUUGCUCUACAUUUUUCUCUCUUUCCUUAUUUACUUUUUCUUUUCAAUUUCAUUCUUUCUUCUUUCAUUUCUUUCGUUUUUUAGCUUUUCAUUUUUAUCUUUUUUACCCUCACACUCUGCUACAUCUCUUUCUUCACUUUUUCCUUCUUCCUUAUCUUUCCGCAAAGCACUCUCAAACUAUGUUUUCUUCCUUCUCCCAAUUUUUCCUCUUCUUUCCCUGUCUCCAUUUGUGUCUCUCUUCCUUGUUGCCAACAUCAACGCAGAAACGAUGCUUCAAUCCCAAUCUUUCUGCGCUUAUUAACUCGCCUAAUAAGAAUGUUAUACGCAUAACUCAGGGCGCAACGAACCACUUCCAUUUUACAAGUCGAUUAGGCCCAGCAACGCUUGCAUCUUGA